AAACAGAGGAGUUAGGAGGAUUUAUGUUAGACGGAAGUUGUAAUUUUACAGGUUUGGUCUGUUUUCCGUACGACAACGUUUCGUACUGUUUCGUUUGGUCCCUUUUUAUUCGAUUAAUCGACCGGAAAUCAGAAAUCAGAGAAUUUUUUCGGUUCUUCGUACCCCUCUUUGCUGCCUUAGUGUCGAAUCGACUGCCUCUGCUACCGCCGUGCAUCGUUGCUCCUCCUCUCUCGGUCUCGCCAUCUUCCUUCAGCUUAUAACACCAAAGCAGUAUUGAACAAAUGGACGCUGACGUGGAUCAUUAUGUUGUAUUGGGCUUGCCGUCGGGGGAGGAAGGGGCAAAACUUACUGAGCAGGAAAUAACCAAAGCCUAUAAGUCAAUGGCCCUAAAAUUGCAUCCUGAUAAGAACCGCGACAACCCUGACGCCCAUGCCAACUUCCAUAGGCUCAAAACGUCGUAUGAGAUCCUGAAAGAUGAAAAGGCGAGGAAGCUUUUUGAUGAUUUGAUUCGAAUGAGAGAAGAAAAGAUUCGACGUCAAUCAUUUCAAGAUGCUAAGAGACGGAAAAUGGUGUCUGACCUUGAAGAAAGAGAACGGUCUGCAUUUGCAUAUGAUCCUCAUGUGAAAGCUCGAACUGAGGAGGAGAGGAUUGCUAGGCAGUUUAAAGAGGAGGUGGCUAGAAUUCGUGCAAAGUUUGGUAACAAGAUCACUUCUCCUGCUCCCCCAACUCACCAUAAAGAGAAGAGUAGAACAUCUAAGGGUAAUAAUAAGGAUGGAAGCAUUAGUGAAGAAGAUAGGGAAAAGAUGCUUAAAGUGUCUUGGGAUAAUGUUGGCGACGAUUAUACUGCUCAGAGGUUGAGGGAAAUUUUUGGCGAGUUUGGAAAAGUUGAAGAUGUUGUAAUUAUGAGUACGAAGAAGAAGAAGAAGAAGCGUUCAGCACUUAUUGCAAUGGCUUCAAAAGAUGCAGCACUUGCUGCUACGGGGAAUGUCUUGGGUGAUCUAUCAAAUCCGUUGUUAGUCUUGCCGCUCGAUCCAGUUCAAGCUUCCCCACUUCCUACUUUUUCUGGUGCCCAGAUCAAUGUGGAUCAGGAAGAACCCCCAUUGAGUAAAUUUGUGGGUGCUGGAUAUCAAUCAUUUGAAGAUUCAGUGUUAGAGAAAUUGAAGAAGGUUUGAACUAUUACUAUUAUAUUGUACUUUGUGGCUUUCAGAUGGAUUGUUAUUGUUUACUAUUCUGUCAUGGAAUGGCAUUUGGAAACUCAGGUUUUUUAGUUAGCAUGUAGCGUAGCUUUAGCUCAUUUCUUGAAAUUUUUCAAUAAAAAUGUGGAAGUUAUAUUACAAAAAAUGAAAUUCGUAUGAGGCUUUGGAGCCAAAAAGCAGAACUCGUUUUAUAUUACAAAAAAUUCCGGAUGAGUAAGUUAUGCAUUGACUGCCAAAACUGUUUCAUUUUUGUGUUCUAUAAAAGCUAUAUCUAAGUUAACUUUUCAGACACCAGUUUGCCAUAUUUGGUUUUGAAGUGCUCUUAAUUUGCCUGAGUUGCCUUCUUCCAUGUUAUGAAAAUAUUGGGAUGAAUAUGGACGGCGUUUAACUAGUUUAAUUAUGGUAACAGGGGCUCUGUUGCAUUUGAAUGCAAUCGCUUCCUGGUUAUGCAAAAUCAUGUGUGCAUGUUUUCACUUGUAUGAUUUUCUUUAAUAUAUAUUCUUAUUUGCGAAUCUUCCUUUGGCUAUAUUUUUCUAUUCUGCACGUAUUUGUGCUUAUUUUAAUCGAUAUACCUAUUUGUCAUGUUGUAGCUAGUGACUAAUUGAUUGUUUGCUGUAGUCUCAAUCCAAGAUCAUAUGUUUCCAUAUUUCUAUGGAUGUCUUUAUUUGUUGAUCUUUUUCUGCAGUACAUUGUUGGAUUUGAUGGUUCAUUUAUUGAUUUCCUGAUUUAUUACUGAACUAUAGGCUGCCGAGAAACAAAGUGGAUGAUUAUCACUUGCUGAGAAAGAUGCAUAACGGGAUUCUUUCAGUCCACAAGCUUCAAUUGCACGACUAUGCUAUCAACUCACGCAACAAAAAGAUUUGAUUGGUCUAAAGCUGGAUUUAGUCCUUGCAACAAAGAAGUUGACUGGUUUAAAGCUGGAUUUAGUCUUGGGAGAUUCAUUUUAACAGAAACCGACUUUUAAAAGAUCCGUGUUAUCACAUUUCCAAUGAAGAAGUUUAAAUACGUUAUCAUGGAGAUAUGGGUAUUUGCUUGAAUUGUCAUUGACACUGAUCCUGAUGGAGGUUUUGUAAGGAGAAGCGUGAAUCUGCAAGAAAUGUAUCUUAUGUUAGUAAGUGUUAGUUGGUAAGUGGUUACUACUUGCGCUCUUCAAUUUCCAUUACUGGCAAUUAUUUUGGAAAGUGUGUAGGAAGGAGAAUGGAGGCUUUUUUUGUUCUUUUUUUUUUCUUCGGUAGAGUUAAAAAGAGCACAAGGGAAGCCAAGGGUUACUCUUAUAUGGAUGUACUGUGUUCUGUACACACACCAAAAGUCAAUGCAUCAUCCAUAGUAAAAGCACGAUCAAAGAUAUGUACAAUGAGAUUUGAACUCCCAACUUAUGGAUUAGAUCCGUAUUAAUAUCAUUCAUUAAAAAGUUGUAACUUUUGUUUUGUUUAGGGUAUUCCGUUUGAAUGCAGAGCUCUAAACCAAAUCUAGUCCGUGAACUAAAUCAUUGCACUAGUGUUCCAUCCAAUAUGAUUGGAAGUCUAAUCAUGGUCUUUAUAAGAUGUGGUGAUAAUAAUUGUUUUACAUUCAUCCAGUUGGAAGUUCGUAGUCUGAAUUUCAAUCCCAUUUUAAUUGCACACGCAUGGAGUACAAUAAUCGACUUAAUUAUGUCAGUUAGUUAUGGAGUUUCCGAAUAAAUUGAAUCAUCAUUACAUGAUUACAAUAGCUAAUACCACUAUGAAUACGAUGAUCAGAUGAUGUGUUUUAAAACCUGUUGGUAAAAAAACUACAAAUAAACUCAUUCGAACAGCC